CAAAAAGAACUUCAGAUAAGGAAACAGUUUCGGGAGACGUGUAAGAUACAGACUCGUCAGUACAAGGCUUGGAAGAACCAGAUAUUGGCCACUACUCCGAAAGAAGAACAGAAGGCUGUUAUUAAAAAGUUAAAGGAUGAGCAGAGAAGAAAGCUAGCUAUACUGGGGGAACAGUAUGAACAGAGUAUAGCCGAGAUGCUGCAGAAGCAAUCCAUCCGAUUGGACGAGUCUCAGGAGAUGGAAGCUCGACAGUUGAAAGAGCAGUUAGAGCAAGAACGGGAACUUCUAAUUGCCUUCCAAAGUAAAAUACGUAUGCAAGCGGAGACCCAACGCAAUAGGGAAAGACGGGAAUUAGAAGAAAGAGUGUUAAUGAAACGUGCUCUAUUGGAACAAAAGAUGGAGCAAGAAAAAUAUCAGUUCCAAGAGGAGCGGGCAGAACGUCAACGUCUACUGCUGGAACGUCAGGCACGUGAGAUCGAAGCCUUUGAUGAAGAGAGUGCCAAGUUAGGUUUCAAUGCUAUGGAGAUUGCACGGGCAUCGCAGGAGCCAGUGGCAGAUGAUGAUCUAAGCAUCAGCGGAAGCAUGUUAAGUCUGGCCCACAGUAACAGUGCUAGUUCGUUCACCCACACCCAACUCUAAGAGAUCUGCGUACUGUCCCGGCGUCUACGUCAGCAUGGCAGUGCGGAUGCAGGUAUUGGUGGAGUACCGUGUUUACUCUGCCGCCCAGACUUGUUUAGAAAGCAGCAUCCCACGACGGCUGCCAGUGCCACAUUAUUGCCUCCCUUGAAUGCCCCAAAAGUCUGAAGUUUGCCAGUACCAAGAAGCAAAGGUGGCACCUUUUGUAAAGUUACAGGAUUCUGGCAUUAGACAGGCCGUACUGACGUUCGAGGCUUGUCACUUGGGGAAUCAAAGAAUUUCCCUCUUGUUUGUUGUCUUGUAAUUUAGCUAAAUUGUACAAUGAAGCAUGUCAUGGUUAUAUCAUGUUCAACAUCCUUCUAAUUUUUUGAUCAAUUAUGUCAGAAGUGUUUCUGUUUGUUUAUACCAAAACACCAGGUGUUUCUUUGAACUUGAUCCUCUUUGGUGGUAGAGAAGCAUAACUUUUUUUUUUAAUGCAACAUUGCUCAUUUGAAAACAAUUGCAUUUUGUAUUGUGGUCAUCACCGACGUACGUAUUGACUUUAACUAAGGUUUUUACAUGAAGACAUAAAAAAGUGUGUAUAGAAUUCUCACUAAAACAGAAGCAAGGGAAUAGGUAAGCCUAAUGGAAUCUGUUUGUUUAAUGUUUGAUAAAUAGGUAAGCCUAAUGGAAUCUGUUUGUUUAAUAUUUGAUAAAUAGAUUAUCUGGAAGUUUUUAGUUGAGUCGAAUUUUUUUUUGGAUAAAAUAUCCCAAUGCUUAUUAAUUAUUUUUUUUUAACUCCCCAAGUGACAGAAAUACAGUAAUAUUGACUAUAAUGUGUACUCAUACAGGCUCUUGGCAAAAUGUCUUGGGUGUAUUGAACCCUUUUAUUGUGCUUGGGGGUCUUUGUUGUAUAUUUUGCAGAUUUAAAUGAUGAAUGGGAAAAAGUAUGAUAUUUAAGAUAUAUAGAAAUUGGUGCAUUUAGAUGAAUAGGAAAAUAAAAAUUUCACUUUUUUUUUUUGUUAGUAAUUCUGUGAUACACGAGUUUAAAAUCUUCACCUGCCCUGUUUCCAUGUUAAGAGGUAUCCAGAUUUAUUGUAAUUAUUUACCAAUUUCACUGUAAGACAGUGCAGUGUGCCGUAACGUUACUAAAGACUGACAAAGGAAGUUCAAAACGGGUUUACCCCAUAGAUUGUACAUUUAUUUUUUUUUCCUUUGAGUACUGCAGGUUUAACAGAAUGAAGUACAUUAUGCCUUUUCUCUACUGUGAUUUUGAUUGCCACAGAUAAGGGAGAUAUACUCUAUUGACACGUGUUUCUCUGUUGUUUUUAUUUCUCUACAUGGUGUUAACAAUUAAUGUUAUUACCUUGUUUAAAGUGUAGUUGUUUUAAGUAUACCUACUGCACAUCCAACUGACAUUCAAGUCUGAUGUGAUAGAACCAAUUUGUUUCUUAACUAUGCAUCGUAGAAAACCGGACUUCUUUUAUUUUUCAAUUAAAACGUAGAAUGUGGCUAGGAAUUGAUAGUUUCUUGUGCAAAAUAUUGGAUUGAAACUUAUAGGUGUUCUUAUUUGAAAUAUGAUUAACAAGUAUUUUGUUCCAGUUCCUAGGCUUGUGAUAGCCAUCAGCUGUUCCAACUCUUAAGUUGGCUAUGUAGUAGAAUUUUGUCAGAUAACUCAGCAAAGUUUUUAACAAUUAUUACUGAAUCAAAAAACAAAAAGUGUGUAUCCACUGGUGGCUGCUUGGUUUAGAAUACUCAAAGUUUAAGAAGGUUGAUUGUAAAGGAACCAGUGAUUUUAAGUAUGUGAAGGUCUUCCUUAAAAAAAAAUAUACCAAUGAUACAUCCACUUUUCUUCUGAAUACAUUUUUUUUUUCUAAUCCUGUUUAUCAAUUACAAAAUACUUUUUUUUAUUUUAUUUUUGCACUGAGGAAAUUUCAGCAUAUGUUUAAUUCUAGUUGUUCUACAAUUAGCAACCAGAGUGCGCCAUAGUCCAUGUACUGAACUUUGGUCAUAAAUUUAUCAAAAUGGAAAAACUAUUCUUAGAUAAACAUUUGCAGGUAAAAUACAUAUCGAGUUAAACUUCUGUUAGUUUUUAAUUUUUUGAAAAGUCCAUCUUUGUCAAAAAAAAUAUUUUUAAAGUUUCUUUGCUGCUGAAAAAAAAAAAGUUUCAAAUUUUCCUUUUAAAUAUCAUUGUUAUGUUAGAAGAAGCAGUCUAAAGUAUAGUCAUCUAACUUACCGUUUGGACUCCUUUUCAUGCUGGUGAGAAAAAAAACAUAUAUUGAAAAACCCUUGUUCUAAUUGUAUAUUGUUUACUUGUAUUUCCAUUUGUUCAUUUUAAUGUGUUUGUUAAUAAUUAUGUUCGAAGGCUUUAGUAUUAAUGUGAUUUUUUUCAUAAGAUACUUUUCAUCCAACUCAUCUUAAUUACUGAGAUGUGAAUUACCAGUGUUAGUUACUGCACUGAUAGCAUACGAUCAGUGUAGUUAAAGUUCUUCUUUACUGAAUAAGUCUGUAAUUAAUUCAAAGAAAUUCUGUUACAAUAUAACUGGAAGUCAUAGUAUUAAAGGGCCCCAAACUGUGUGUGUGCGUGUCACGAGUGGAAUGAAAUGAUCUUGAUGUGUUAAUUUAUAGAACUGGUCUGGCGUGUUUAAAGAGUUCUUGAAAGGUACGGUAUUGUCCAACACGAAAAAUAGUUCAAUCUGUUCUGAAAGAAAAACCCAAACAAUUAUAUAAAUCAGUAUUUAUAAAUAUGGGGGUUGUUAUAAUGUAUGAACUGAGGGUUAUAUUGCUAAUGUAACGUGUAUAAAUAUGGGGGUUGUUAUAAUGUUAACUCAAGAUGUAUGAACUGAGGGUUAUAUUGCUAAUGUAACGUGUAUAAAUAUGGGGGUUGUUAUAAUGCUAACUCGGAGUGUAUAAGUUUGAGGGUUGUUUUAAUGCUAACUCAUGAUGUACAAACUAAGGGUUGAUAUAAUUUUAACUCAACAUGUAUAAGUUUGAGGGUUGUUUUAAUGCUAACUCAUGAUGUACAAACUAAGGGUUGAUAUAAUUUUAACUCGGCUUGUAUAAAUUUGACGGUGUACAAAAAUGAGAAGGUUGUUAUAAUGCUAACUCAACAUGUGUAAAUCUAGGGUUGUUACUGUAGUAACGUGUGUAAACUGGGGGUUACAUUUCGAAACUGCUUUCGACAGAUUGAACUGGGUGUACGUCUGGUUUGAACAAUACUUGAAGUAAUAAUAUAGAAGGUUCCGAGUCAUAUUUUUUGUCAGUGAAGCGUUGCAAAUAGAAGAAACCUGUAUAGAUCCAGUUCACACUGUAGACCUGUGUGUGUGUAUGUCCACCGUGUCGAAGUAACGACAUGAACAAAAUCAUACCUGUAAAUAGUGCUGUACAUUGCCAGACUGUGGGACUGUAUAGUGCUGGUAACAUGCUGUUACUCAAUAAAACUUUAGGUCCAAAAGA